AUGGCGUCCCAGUGGUCCUCACCCGCGCCUACCAAGUCGAACCGCUCCGAGGCGGCCGUGUUGAGGAAGGCAGGAGGACGUGCUUCGUUCAAACCGGGUGCAGGCGGCGGAUACGCGGACAAGCCCACGGUUGGGGCUGGCUGGGGAGGCGGCGUGCUCCCGACGACGAAGCCUGCCCAUGACCCGUCCGAAGUCAUCGUCGCGGACGACACCGUUGACGGGUCGCACAAGGCCAAGUUCCAGCUCGACCCGCGGCGUAUGCUCAAGGACGUUCACAAGCAGAUGGCGAUGGGCGGGACGACGGGCGCGCACACGGUCAAUUCGGGCUGGGGAACGCCAAUCCCGCCGUCCAAGGCGAACGGCUUCGUCUCUUCCGCUCCUCCUCCUCCCGCGCCUCCCGCUGCUACGUCGCCUUCGACCUCGCCGAACGCCGGCUCUUCCUUCGCCGACAAGGUCAAGGCGAAGGCGCCCUCCCCUUCUGCCUCGACAAGCCCUCGCAUGCCCGUCACCGCGCUUCCGACCAAGUCUGCCGUCCCGCAGACCGUGCGCCUGGACCUUUCCAAGGCCUCCCAGCCCGUUCCGCGUCAGCCUCCAGCGUCGAGCGGCUCGGCUUGGGCAGACUACAAGCCCGACGAACCGGCCGAUACCGUCCACCGCAUCGGCAACUGGGCGCAAGGCAGAUCCGAGUUCGCCGCCAAGCACAAGUACUCCGCACCUCCCGCCAAACUUCCGGGCUACGCCGGCGCCUCGCCCAACCUCGCCCACUUCCCCGACCAGACUCCCGACGUCCUCAAGCUCGACAAGAGUGUGUUCAAUCCGCUUGAGGGAAGGUGGGAGAGGGAGAGGAGCAGGACGGGCGCGGUUGCGGGACGGGCGAGGGCGCAGUGGGGUGUUCACAAGGAGGCUGAGGCGGCGCCGCCGAAGAACGAAACGCAUCUCUCAAAGUGGGCAACAACGGCGACGAACGGACCGACAGCGGCAGGUUGCGAAGAGGCGCCAACGCCAACGCCGUCCAGCUCGAACGCGAGCGAUGCGACCAUCCGAGCCUCGCAGCCCAACGGCGUCGUGCCUCGCCCGCCGCCUCAGCUUGCACCAUCUGUUCCUUCCAAGAGCGCAACCGCCGCCCGCGCACAGCCAACAUCCUCUCCCGCCUCUUCGCGCCCGGCCCCACCUCCAGCAUCUUCCGUCGCUCUCGCCGCCGCAACCAUGCAGCCGUCCGCACCGUCGACGGGGAGGGCUACUGCCGAGGCUGAAGCGAAGGAGGGAGGAGGAAAGGAGGUUGAGAAGCCUCGCGCGGAAGCGGCGACCGACGAGGUUGGCAAGAUGAUGGAGAGCCUGUCGCUUACAAUCAAGGAGCAGGAGCGGGUUCGCACGCCGCGUACUCCUCGCUCGCCUCGCCCAGGCUCGCCCUUCCUUUCGGCAGCCGACCAGGCUCGUCUCGCAUCGGGCGGUGUCAAGCGGGAGAAGAAGUCCGUCGAGGAGGUCGACCGGUUGAUGGCGGCGAUGAGGCUCAAGAACAAGGAGGCGGAGAAGAAGGCCGAGGCCGCCAAGAAAGACCGCGAGAUGUUCGAGUCUUCCGCCGCCGCGACUGCCGAAAAGGCGAUUGGGGAGGUGCGGGCACAACGGCCUGCUCACCUGCGGCAGCUGAUGGAGCGCAUUCGAACCGAGAUGUCGGCGGAGGAUGAUGAGCAGCGCCAGAAGCGUGAGAGAGACGAAGCGAUACAACGCAAGAUCAACGAGGAACGCGCCCAGACCGCCGCCGCCAAACUCUCUCGGGCCUCGUCUCGCGCCUGGGACGCCGGCAAGACGUCGUCAACGCCCGGCACGCCUCCUCCCGCUACUUCCUACCCUUCAGUCGAGGCAGCUGCCAGGCAGGCGCGCCGCGAGGCGGAGGAGAGGGCGAGGGGCCCGGAGAGGCCGGUCAGCGAGGCUGAGGCGGAGCGGAUCCGCAAGAGGGACGGCGUGUUGAACGAUGAGGUCGGGUGGGAGAGCGUCGUACACCACGAGGGCGCUGGGAGGGCGCAGACGGCGAUCACCGGGGCGGGGAAGGCGUGA